UUCAAAAGCCCUUUUAUCAAUUAUCCGUGUACAAGGGAACGGAAUGGAAUAAAGUGUACAUUUAUACAGCGUGGUGUAAGUUAUUUAACGCCUUUGCUAUAUGCUGGUGCACCCGUAUAAAGACACAACCACGGCCUUCGCGUCCAAUGUUCACAUCCAUCGCUGCUCACGCACGCCGCACUAUCAGGCUGAGAGCAUCUAAUUCCUCUUAAUCAUUGAAUCACUUACAAAUCUCAAUAUGACAGACGUGAUUUUGGCUCAAGUGCAACAAGCUGUGCCCCAUAUACCAAUGACUGUUGUCUCUCAGGGUGCUGAAGCGCUUGUACUCUCAUCGACCUCACAUCCAUAUUUAGAUGCAAAGGGCAAAUAUAUUAUCAAGUUUCGUCCCAAAAAACCAUACAGACAUCCUAAAAUUGACGCCUUGAUAACGAAGUCAAGAACUGUGGGUGAGGCGAAGUUUAUGCUGAAGCUCAACAAACUAGGUGUUCCUGCGCCUCAUUUGAUCCUGUUAGAUGCUACAAAUGGAGUGAUCUGGAUGAACAGUGUAGGCGAUGUUUUGGACGAUGGAUCUGUUUCGUCUUUGAAGAACUUCUUGUGGUAUUUGGAGAAAAAUAAUGGGGAAUGUUUGGGUAGUGAAGCUGAAUCCUACUGCAGGUCCACCGGGUCUGUGAUUGGGAUGCUCCACAUGCAUGAUAUGAUUCACGGAGAUUUAACGACAUCGAACAUCAUUUUACAAGGCGAUAAAUCUUAUCUUAUUGACUUUGGACUUUCUUCAUAUUCAAACUUGCCAGAGGACAAAGCUGUUGAUUUGUAUGUGUUGGAAAGAGCUGUGUUGAGCACACAUUCAGACUAUUCCGAUACAUACAAUAAGUGGUUACUCGAGGGAUAUGAAAGCGCUUUCUCCAAAUCUAAUAAAGGAAAAUUAAAAGACACAAUGAAAAAGCUAGAAGAUGUUCGUUUGAGAGGACGAAAGAGGUCCAUGCUUGGGUAGGAUAGAUCGGAAGUGUUUUUCAUAGAGGCUCGCUGAUUCUUAGUGCUCAUUUUCUGUAAAAAUGUGAAGCAAAUCCGUUUCGUCUUUUUCGAACACAACUAUUGGGGCCUUUCAUCAAGAAUCACUGUCGUGACUAUUCAGGAAUAAGUAAUCUCCUCAUGUUCUGAACUUCAGGAUCAGACUUAUCGAACACCUCUUUCUUUCCACAAUUAGCUAACUGUGAUAUCGUUUUCUAGACUCGUGGUAUUUUAUACCUUAAUUAAGGCUCAUAGUAUUCGCAAAAAUACAUUGUUAGAUUGUGUC